AUGACUGCGCUUGCUGUGCGGCGUGGCGGGAGGUUCACCAGCGUCAGGCCAACAGGCUUGACCUUGAACAAAAAGGGCCUCCGCAGUGUACGAGAAGUGACAGUGGAGAACUACAGCGCGGAGUAUCUUUACCUACGUGAGAAUGACCUUACAGAGUUCGACACUGAAGCUAAUAUGGAGAAUCUCAAGGUACUUGAUUUAUCCAUCAAUGAUAUUGGUGGAUCGGUGGAUUUCUUGAGCAAGACUCCAUUUCUGCGCCAUCUCUACAUGACAGGAAAUAAGAUUGAAUCUCUACAAGGAAUUUCAAACUUUUCUUGUUUGGAAACGGUAUGCCUCAGUGACAAUGCUAUCAGCAGUUUCGAAGGUUUGGAGCGUCUCCCCAACUUGCGGGUUCUUUCUCUUAAUUUUAACAGUAUUUCAUCCUUUGAGCACUACCCCAAUCUUCCUUCAUUGCACACCCUCAAUCUUGUGGGGAACCCUGUGGCGGAAAUUCCAUCAUACCGAAGCAUGGCCAUUGCCAUCAAUAAUCCAAAUCUCGUUUCUAUAGAUGGUAAUCCUGUUCAGGGAGAAGAAAGAGCCGCUCUGGAACACUAUCAAGGAAAGAUUGUUUAUUGUAUUUGCGAAGGAUUCAUUGUUGAGGGUGAUAACGUGGAAGAAGCCGCUGAUGCGUUCCUACUUAAACUUCAACGUGUACGAGAAAAGGCCAGAUACCUACAAUUAUGUUCUAUUCGUCUUGCACCAGAGGAUGAAACUUGUAAUGUUCUUACAGAAGGUGUACCAGUUCGUUUAAGUUGCUGCAUGCAAGAUAUUCGUCCAUAUCAUCAGAGAACUGCUGAUGCAUUUCAUUCACGUUAUCUUAUGCCUGUGGUUUUUAACGUUGCAGGUGAUGCAACUGAAGUCUUUGUGGUUGGAUCCAUGAACAAUUGGACUGACCCUAUUGAACUGGAUCGCUGUGAAGAAGAUGGUAAUGUUUACUUCCACACAACUCUCUAUCUGCCAAAGGGAGAUUAUGAGUACCGAUACAUUGUCGAUGGUACUGAAAUUCUUCCUGAGACAAAUGGUGUUUUGUCAAAGCACAAACAAGGAUACUGUUACCUUCACAGGGUUACAGAAUUGGAAGAAUCCACUGAUGACAGGGAUACUAUUUUACAUAUCCGUUGGAUGAAAAGCACUCAGGGUAACCAUUAUGAAGUUAUUGAAGAUAACAAUUCACUGGUGUACACACCAACUGCAGCGGAUGUGGGUUGUUGCCUGCGUGCUGAGGUGCUUGCAUAUGUUGAUGGACUCUUCUCUUUCUUGUACUUUGACAUUUCUACUCCAAUUGUCGCCGGUCCACCUACUUGCCCUCUUCUUGAGAUUAAGGGUAACGCAGUGGAAGGUCAUGUGCUAAGGGCAGAAGCAGACUAUGUUGGUGGUCUUGAGGGUGAUUCUUCCUUAAACUGGUACCGCAUUACUCCUGAUGGCGCGGAAAUUCCUAUUGAUAUCAAUGAUCCAUGGGCUGGAUACAAAUUGACAUGUGACGAUAUUGGUUGUUGCAUCAAAGUAAAGUUCACUCCUGUUCGAAAUGAUUGGGUGGCAGGUGAACCUAAAUCUGUUGUUACAGCACCUGUGGUGGCCGGUCCUCCAGAGUGUGAGUCCAUUAAGAUCAUUGGAAGCCUUAUUCAAGAGAGUGAACUGGAAGUAGAAGUGGUAUACUCUGGUGGUGUGGAAGGAGAGAGUUACUAUCAGUGGCUUCGCAAGGAUGAUAACUCAGAAGAGUACUUCCCUAUUGAGGGUGAAAACUCCACACGAUAUGUUCCUACCCUUGAAGAUGUUGGUAAAUGUUUGGCUGUUGAAUAUACACCAGUAAACAAGGAAGGAGAAGAGGGUGAAACCUGUCGAUGUGUUUUGGAAAAGCCUAUUGAACCAUCUGCACCAGAAAUUCACAAUCUCCGAAUUGUUGGAGAAUUGGUGGAGCAACACGUCUUGACACUUGAGUACGAAUACACUGGUGGCCAUUUUGGACCACAUAUGAUUCAGUGGUUCCGUCGCGAUCGUAACAAGCGCUUAACUAAGGUUGGUCGUCCGAACAGUGCGACACUUGCUCUCACAAAGCGUGAAGUAGACUGUACGAUUGAGGUCGCAGUGACACCUGUACGGUUUGACGGUUUACAGGGACGAGCUGUAACGGCAAAGUCAGAUGGUGUUGUCUCUGCUGGUGUUCCACAAACGAACUUUGUUAACGUUGUGGGAGAACCUGUUGUUGGUAAUACCUUGGAACUUGAAGUGGAUUACUUUGGUGGAGAACCUGGAGAGCCUAUCAUUGAGUGGGCUCGUGAGGACCCAGAUACCGAGGCAUUUGAGGUUAUUGAGACAGGUGUACGCAGCUACAGAGUGCAGAAGGAGGAUCAGGGUAAGAUGAUUCGCGUUACAUAUACACCAGUGCGUAAGGAUGGUGUCCUUGGUGAAGCUAAAAGUCGCAUUGUGCAGGUACCACGAGGGGAUGCGGAUGAUGAAACUCCCUUGCCAGAACAGAGAAGCAACCGUCAUGUGGAUCCCAAUGAGAAUGCUCCAUCCAUGGAUGCAGAAAGCGACCAUCACGUGGAACAAAAUGAGAAUGAUUCAUCCAUGGAUUCAGAAAGCAGUAAGUAUGCGGUGAAACCGGCAGAGGAGACAGAUAAAGAGAAGAAGGAAGAGGAAAAGGAAGAGGAACAUGAACUUGAUCUUGAACAGGAACAAAAGAAAGAGGAGGAAACAGCAGAAGCACCAAAGACUGAAGAAGUCGUACCAGAAGUGGAGAAGAAAGAGGAGGAUAAAGAAGAAGAACAGGAGAAGAAGGAUAAGGAAACUGAAGAGGAGGGAGGAAUUCAUAUUAACUUGGUUGCUACCCAUGAUUCAGACGAAGACUCUGAAAAUGCUGAAAAGAAGAACUAA